GUCCGCAGGCCAACUCUAUCCGCUGAGCCAAACCAGCUAGGGCUUAUCACUGGUUUUUAAAAAGUGUUACUAAUGGGGGAGAUUUACAGCAUAACCCUCUGUGUAAACAUAAUGCUUAUUAGCAUAUAUUUUAAUUCAAAAUAAAACUUUAUAAGAUUCUCACUUCAUCAAGUAGAAAUACAAGUAAUGAUUUCUGAUGUCUUAAAAAUUAUUAAAAAUCUGCAUAAUUAAAAAAAUUGGAUGCCUGAACCAAAUUAUUAAAUCAUUCAAAAUUAUUCAUUGAGCACCUUGCCAGGAGGACUUCUGUUAGAGUUGGGGAUCCUGUACAACAGAGGUAGAUAGAUCUAACACCCUGAGCAAACCACUGAAGUCAAGAUUCUGAGUGAGCAAGAUCAGUUAAGGAUUGCCACUUUACAAAAUAUUGUUUUGAGAAGGCUUGUUUUUGUCGAGAGUCUAGAUUCUCUACAUUAUAAUAAAAUCCAGCAUGCCAAGAUUUAUAAUUCUUGGUUUAUGUGCUUCCUUCUUAAGUAGAAUAAAAGCUCCUUGAAUAAAGUGAUUGCCCUGUAGACCACUAUAUAUUCAUGACUAUUGGAAGGUGCUUGUAUCCAGGCAGGUGCGAAGUGACUUUUGGGUAAACAUUCAUUUGGGUAUAUAUCAAUGCAAGUCAGAGGAGAUUUUUCUUUAUGUUUCCAGGUUCCUGUGGUCUCUGUGAUGGCUACUGGUUCUUCCCUAAGGAUAAUGGAGUAGUAGUUUAUACUGUUACACAGGGCAGUCAGGAGAUUCUGAAAAUCAAAUAAAGCCACCAAUGAGAUGUCAGAUAUGAAUGAGGUGGGGUGUGGCUUAGAUAGAAGAAGAGAUUAUUCAGGAAUAUUUAAAUUUGGCAAGAAAAGGACAGAGUGACAGAAAAGAGCAGGGACAUAAGAACAUCAGGUAGGGAUAGGAAAGCUAAUUAGUUUUAUCCUUUUAUUGUAUGAAUGAAAAUAAAAUGUCCCCAGAGGUAAAUUGACUUUCCAAUGCCACAUAAGACUUAUUUAUUCUACAGAGGCUGAAUUAGAGAAAGAUGAACAGAAUGAAGGAUGAUAAUGAGGGGAGAUGCUGAAAGCCAAAGAAGAGAGUCAGAACUGAAGGGGAAAUGAGAAGCUGAAUUGGUGUCUAGGGUUUAGGGAAGGAGCACUGUUUUUUUUGUGUGUGUGGUUUUUUUGUUGUUGUUUUUUGGUGGUUUAUUGGUAGAAGAAGGAAGUCAGAAUAGAGGUAUUGUGGGGUAGGUUUAUUUAAAACACAAAUUGAAGACAAACUUUCUGAGAGAAAGAAAUAACAUCUGUAACUGAAAUGCUGUUUCUGCAGAUUACAUUGCUAGCAGUUCUCCUCGCAGCUGGUGACAAUGAAGAUGGUAAGAACUCUAGCAACUGCCCAGUUCAGGGUUGGGGGUGAGGGGAACGUGGUGGUGUGUGUGUGUGUGUGUGUGUGUGUGUGUGUGUGUGUGUGCGCGCACAUUGCCCUCACGGCAUACCUGGAGAGUGAGAAUGUCAGCACAGUUCCAUUCUAAAUAUACCAUACUCUAGGACCCUGUGCUCUUCUGAAGGUUGUACGUAAAGCAUGGGGCCUUGGGCAGGUGAAUGUUUGCUGAGGUAACAAUGGCUUCCCUUAUCCAGACUCUGAGUUUUCCCUUUCUGACACCUUGCUUCAUUUUUUCUCCACAUUCUGUCUGUUCUUUUGACACAGCCUUCCAGGAGCAGAUCUCCUUCCACAUGAUCCAUAUCUCAUCCUUCUACAAUCAUUCCUGGACACAAAAUUGGGGCUCUGGUUGGUUGGGUGAGUUGCAGAUUCUUGGCUGGAACAGUAACUCUGGCAGUGUUAUUUUCCUGCGGCCUUGGUCCAAGGGCAACUUCAGCAACAAGGAAAUAACAGAAAUGGAAAAGUUCUUCCGAAGGUUACACAUCGAAUUGCCGCCUUUAAUUCGCAAACAUGCCAGUGAAUGGAAGUUUGAGUAUCCCUUUGAGGUACAGAUAACAGGAGGCUGUGAGCUGCACCCUGGAGAAGGCAAGGUAGUCUUCCUACAAUUUGCUUACCAAGGAUCAGAGCUCCUGACCUUCCAGAACAAUGCAUGGCUGCCAUCUUCAAAGGGUGACAACAGAGCUCAGGAGAUGUGUAGACUAUUCAAUCAGCGCCGUGUCGUCAACAUAAUAAUACAGAGGCUGCUCUGGGACACCUGCCCACGUUUCCUUUUGGGCCUCUUUGAUGCAGGGAAGGCAGAUCUCCAGAGAAAAGUAAAACCAGAGGCCUGGCUGUCCACUGGCUCUAAUCCUGGUCCUGACCGUCAGAUGCUGGUUUGCCAUGUCUCUGGCUUCCAUCCAAAGCCAAUUUGGGUAAAGUGGAUGCGAGGUGAACAGGUACAACUGGGCACUCAACAAAGUGGUAUCUUGCCCAAUGCUGAUGGGACAUGGUACCUUCAGGUUUUCUUGGAGGUGGAAGCCACUGAGAAAUCUGGCCUGUAUUGCUGGGUGAGACAUAGCAGCCUAGGAAGCCAGGACAUCAUCCUCUACUUGGAACAUCAUCAAGGCUCCGUGGGCUGGAUCAUCUUGGCAGUGAUGGUGCCCCUGGUGGUUUUGACAUGUCUUGCAUUUUGGCUUAGGAAGCGCUGGUCACACUGUGAGCCUCCUCCCACUCUUCUUCCUUUGGAAUGAGAUUCCAGCAGCCCAAGGACUCAGGACAUAUUUGAAUGCACAUGGUGAUAAUAUGCUUUCA